CGUACCCAACCCACUUGAGUGACGUCGGAUUGUUGAUCACGGGCCUAGCCAGCAGCUCUUUCGCUGUCUCUGCUGUCCCUUCCCUGCAACCGAGAUUCUCUUCAGCUAAAUUAUUAUACCUUGCCAACAUCUCGACUCGUGCGCGUUCGAAAUGGCUGGCAACCCUUAUGCCGGGUAUCUGAAGGAUUUAGAAGUCGGAGGCAAAACCUUUAAGUUCUUUGACCUACCUGCCCUUGGAGGCUCAAAAUACGAUGAGCUGCCCUUCAGCGUAAGGGUUCUUUUGGAAUCAGUGGUACGCAACUGCGACGAGUUUUCUGUCACGAAAAGUGACGUCGAGUGCGUGCUGAAUUGGGCCAAUCAACAAAAUGUGGAGCUCAACUUUAAACCCGCCAGAGUUAUUCUGCAGGACUUCACUGGAGUGCCUGCAGUUGUCGAUUUUGCAGCUAUGCGUGACGCCGUGUCCAAACUGGGGGGCGACCCUGACAAAAUCAAUCCCAUAUGCCCGUCUGACCUUGUCAUUGACCACUCAGUCCAGGUGGACUUUGCCAGAACGCCAGAUUCUCUGCAAAAAAAUCAGGACUUGGAGUUUGAGCGCAACAAGGAGCGUUUCCGCUUCUUAAAGUGGGGUGCUACCGCUUUCAGGAACAUGCUGAUUGUCCCGCCUGGCUCUGGAAUUGUGCACCAAGUCAACUUGGAGUACCUGGCCAGAGUGGUGUUUUCUGAUUCUGAGGUGCUAUACCCUGACUCUGUAGUGGGAACUGAUUCGCACACCACCAUGAUCAAUGGUCUUGGCGUUCUAGGAUGGGGUGCAGGAGGAAUUGAAGCUGAGGCUGUAAUGCUAGGCCAGGCUAUAUCAAUGCUUUUACCUGAAGUCAUUGGAUACCAAAUCACUGGUGCUCUGGAUCAAUAUGCCACUUCCACAGAUCUGGUUUUAACCAUCACCAAGCACCUUCGUCAAAUCGGCGUUGUCGGUAAAUUUGUCGAGUUCUUUGGUCCAGGGGUGACUGCGCUUUCAAUUGCUGACAGAGCAACCAUCUCGAACAUGUGCCCAGAGUAUGGUGCAACGGUUGGUUUCUUCCCAGUUGACAAUGCUACUCUGGCAUACCUGAGGCAAACAAAUAGGGACGAGACAAAGAUUCAAACCAUUGAAGCAUACCUGCGUGCUUCCAAAAUGAUGAGAAACUAUUCUGAUGUCAAUCAAGACCCAAAAUUCACGCAAGUGGUUGAGCUGGACUUGGCAACUGUUGUUCCCUCAGUCAGUGGGCCCAAACGUCCCCAUGACAGAGUUUCUGUCAGCGAUAUGAAGCAGGACUUCCUGCAAUGUUUGACCAAUAAGGUUGGGUUCAAAGGAUUUGGUCUUCCAAACGAAAGUUUGGGUGCUGCUGGCGCAUUUGAGUAUGAAGGAAAAACUUACUCAUUGAAGCAUGGCUCUGUAGUGAUUGCAGCCAUUACUUCCUGUACAAACACCAGCAAUCCCUCUGUCAUGCUUGGCGCAGGUUUACUUGCCAAAAAGGCUUCUGAGGCUGGCUUGAGCGUGGCCCCAUAUAUCAAGACGUCUCUCUCUCCUGGCUCAGGUGUUGUCUCCUACUACCUGCAGGAAUCUGGAGUGCUACCGUAUCUUGAGAAAAUGGGCUUCAACAAUGUUGGAUAUGGCUGCAUGACCUGUAUUGGCAACUCAGGUCCUCUUAAUGAUGCUAUCGUGGACACCAUUGAAAAGAAUGAUUUGGUGUGUUGCGGUGUCCUCUCUGGCAACAGGAACUUUGAGGGUCGCAUCCACCCGAACACCAGGGCCAACUAUCUGGCCUCUCCAUUGCUGGUCAUAGCUUACGCCAUUGCUGGCCGCGUUGACAUUGACUUUGAGGCAGAGCCUCUUGGUCACACCGAGAAAGGUGAGCCCAUCUUUCUUCGCCAGGUUUGGCCAACAAGGUCUGAGAUCCAAGCUGUGGAGAGCAAGUAUGUUAUCCCUGCAAUGUUCAAGGAAGUUUACUCGAAGGUCACCCAGGGCUCAAAGUCCUGGCAAGAGCUGCAGGCACCAGAAGGAAAACUUUACCCUUGGGACACCACCUCCACAUACAUCAAGAAGCCUCCAUUCUUUGAAAACAUGACUGAGGAACUUCCUCAACAAGCUCCUCUAGUGGACGCUAGAUGCCUGCUCAACUUGGGAGAUUCUGUCACCACUGAUCACAUCUCUCCUGCAGGCAGCAUUGCCAGAAACAGCCCUGCCGCCAGAUACCUUGCAGAAAGAGGACUUACACCAAAGGAGUUCAACUCAUAUGGUUCACGAAGAGGAAACGAUGCUGUUAUGGCUAGAGGCACCUUUGCCAACAUCAGACUGGUCAACAAGCUGGUUGGGAAGCCUGGACCAAAAACAGUUCACUUCCCGUCCAUGCAAGAGCUUGACGUGUAUGAUGCUGCUGAGAGAUACAAGCAAGAAAAUGUUGCCCUCAUUCUUUUGGUAGGAAAAGAUUACGGCUCUGGAUCCUCCAGGGACUGGGCAGCCAAAGGACCUUACCUUCAGGGCAUCAAAGCUGUCAUUGCAGAGUCUUUUGAACGCAUCCACAGGUCUAACUUGGUGGGAAUGGGAAUCGUGCCUUUGGAAUAUCUGCCUGGACAAUCAACAGACUCUUUAGGUUUUGAUGGUUCCGAGACUUUCACUCUGCACAUUCCGGUUGACUGUAAACCUGGCCAGCAAAUAUCUGUCAAGGCUUCCAAUGGCAAAGAGUUUGACGUCAAGCUGCGUUUCGAUACUGAAGUAGAUUUGACUUAUUAUCGAAACGGAGGCAUUCUCAACUUCAUGAUUCGUCAAAUGCUGCAAUAAGCUUUUCACUGGCUCCAAUGAAAUACAAUAAUGAUUACUGCCCAUGAAGAAGCCUGUUCUUGUGACCGUUUUGAGGAGCGUCUUUGCGUGCCAAAAUCAGUUUUAACCUUCAAGUAGUUUGCAUGAAAUUUACGCAUUUUUUAUUGUGGAGGGUGUUCCAAAUCUUGGUGCUAUUUUGUUUUAUGGUUUUAAAACUUAUAUUUUAUAAAUAAACAUUGUGUUAUCAUGUAA